AUGGCACAGAGUUCUGUAUUAAUUUCACAGGAAAAUAUGUCUAACGAAAAUAGUAUUUCCACAAAAGAGUUUUUGAGUUUUGAGAAAACUUGCGAGGCCUAUAAAGAUAGCGACGAGGAAAUUAAGAUGAUAUUUAGUGAAAUCACCAAAUUGUCUGCCGCUAAUAAUAAAGAUAAUGUAAUUUCUGAAGAUGUAGAAGAUGUGGAGUUGAUUUUAAGGAGAGCUGAAGAUUUGGCUCAAGAAACUGAACUGUUGCUAAAGAGCAGCCCAGUGGCAGCUAAAACUGAACGGACCCUGCCAAAUGGAGUAGAUUCUGGGACUAUCCCUCUGAUUAAAGUCACAAAACCUGUGGAGAACAUUCAGGAAAAACCCAUAACUGUUGCUAAGACAAAUCAGUCGCCAAAACACAAACAGGAAAACGAGACGCGUCGUAAACCAAAAACAAGACCUUUCUCUGCUGGCGUUAUCGAUUCAAAGAAAAAAGAGGCCGCCAAAGCACCAAAAGUUCAUACGAAUUCACCAAAGAAAUCUGUUUGCAAACACGAUGGAUUGAUAGAAGAGUUAAAGGAUACAAAGGAAAGAAUAAAAAGCAUUGAACUUUUGAAUGUGCAAUUCACUGAUGACAAUAAAGCACUACGUAAAAAGUUGGAUCACGUAACUGAGCUUAAACAUGUCGCUGAUUUAAAGUUGGCUGAAUGCGAAAAGUUCAUCAGUCGAAUGGGAAAACAAUAUGAAAGCAAAAAUGUCGAGUUGAAAACUGUAAAAGAGAAUGAAAGUAAAUUGUUGGCCGAAUUGACAAAAGAAAGGAAUGAAAGGAAGAAUCUGACUGUUAGACAUGAAAAGGAUGCUGCUGUUAUUCAAGAUCUGCAAAGGCAAGUGAAGGAGAUGGAGAUGAUAUUGAAGAGGAAACAUCCAGAUUCUGUGUCAGCAUUGAUAGUGGCAGCAAAGUCGUCAACAGUGGAAGAUAAUAAGAAAAAACUACUGGAAGAUCGACUCAUACGAUUGGAGCAAGAAUUGAAAGAUAAAGAAGACCAUUUCCAAAGCGUCAUGCUAACGUUACAGGAGAAAUUCGGCGACAUGAAACACAAAUACGAGAACCAUAUUAUUGACGUUGAACGUCAACUGAUGGAGGAACGCAAGAUUAAUACCGACCUAAAGGAUAAAAUAAAUAAAGUAGACCUUGUUGAUACUGCUGUUCAAACUGCUCCUUUUCCUCUUCGCAAUAUUUCUACUCAAACCGUCUUUAAAACUGAUAGAGCUUCAUCGGCCAUUGCUCGUCUACCUCGAAACUCUGCAUUGCUCUUGAACAAGUUGAGAGAGGACAGUUAUUUAGUAGCUACAAUAAAAGGUUUGCAGGCAGAGCUAACGGUGAAACAACGGACUAUUGCGAAAAUCAAUAGAGAAACUGAGGAACUUAAGAAAAACUUGAGGAAUUUGCAGAAGGAAAAAGAAGUGCUGUUAAACUUGAAUCCCCAGAAGAAAACGGGUUGUAAGCAAUCUAAGUCUGCUGAGAACAUUAUUGCCAGGAUGAACACAGAAAUGGAGGCAGAACUGGCGGAGUCUCGGAGGGAAAGAGAAACUUUUAGGCUAGAGAGAAACAGCCUGCUGGACUCGCUCAAAAGGACAAAUGAAGACUUUAUUAUGUUGAAGAAAAAGAGAAUUCAGGAUCUUCACACUCUUCAGCUGGCUCACGAAAAAGAGUUAAUGCAGAUGAACAUGCAAUUGUACCCACUUCAGGAAGAAAUCAAGUUGCUGAAUAGAACUGUGGAGAUUCUUCAGGAACGUAUUAGGGCAGCUGACGACAAACUCCUGAGAUACCAGGCUGGCAUAAGAGAUAUGGAUAUGUUAGGAGGAGGAGACAACUUCAGCUCGAAGACCAGUCUUAAUAAAAGAGAUGCACGUUAAUAUUUUGUUAUUUAUUUGUGCAUUGUUUGUUUGUGCGACGGUUUUAUGUGAACACUAGCUUUUAGAAGCAUACAAUGCAGUGUUUCUUUUAAAUAUAAGCACAAGGUUGAUAAAAAUACAAUGUAUUGGAGAAUAUAAUGCUAAAUUGUGUUGUAAUCGGGACCACGUUUAGUUUAAGACUUACAAGUGUUCUUAAACGUAAGUGCCUUGAGUGGUAUAACUGUUUGCGUAUUAUAAUUUAUAAUCGCGGUUGUCAAUUGUCUGUUAUGAAUAUUGAUAUUGAUGCCUACUCGAAUUUUGUACACAUUCCGAACGGUUCCUAUAUUGUAAGAGAAAUUCUAGUCAAAUAUUUUCGUGAGUGUUUUUUCUCGAGUAUGUAAUAAUACCGAACAGAAUCAG